AUGAGCAGCGAGCUCGGGAUGCUAUCGAUGAGAAACGAGUUCGGGACGCUAUCGCUGAGAAACGAGCUCGGGACGCUAUCGCUGAGCAGCGAGCGCAGCAUACCCAGAGGACAGCGACUCCAAAACAGCAGCAGCAACGACAGCGAUGACAGUGACGACAGCGACAACAAAGAUCCCGACGGAGAGGCUGACGGAGAGGAUGAUGAAGAGGGGGAGAAUGAUGACACUGUCAAGAGCUCGCAGGAGUUUGGUUGGGGGGAGGCCAGCCGGUGCCAGAAGAACAUCCAGGAUGCACUACCUUCGCAACCUCCAGUCGCUCGUCCACUCACACCUGAAUUUGAAUUCCAGUAUUCACGUGAUGAAGAUGAUGUUGUUGCCCUGACGAGCCUUGAUAAAACCUCCCGGAAUGAAAGCUCUCAGGGCCCUCAGGACAUCUCACCAGGCCUACAGCGGCAACAGUCCCAACACAUUGAGACCAUUACCUUGAAGCCCAAGGAUGUAUUGCAGCGCCACCAUGAGAAAAACAGAAAGCCCCGUCUUCCUGACCCUGACUCCCUCAAGCUGCUAAAUCAAGAAACCGAGUCUAGCGUUCAGCCAUCAAGAGCCAAAAGGUCCAAGGCAUCGGGUAGUGGGCCAACACCCGAUCAACUAUCUUGGUAUGGCCCGCGCUGGAAGCGUUUUCUGGAGGAUGCCAAAGCGGAAUGUCGCCUGCAACAUGCCCUGGAGAAUCCGUUUCCAGCCUUGGUGAAGAACCUACCAGGAUCAAUCACCGAAGUUCUUAUCGCAACGUUGGUUAUGUGGGAUAGGAACGGUGAACAAUUUGAAGCUGGGGUUUGGCCUGAGCAAAAAAUUAAUAUGUCUUGGUUGUCUGUACUGAAGCUGUACGACGAUCUUUCAACUUGGCGAUCAGACUUGAAGAAAACUGCCAUAAGCAUUGCCACCACUAUCAUAUUCGCUCAUUCCCCCGCUUUUGCUGCUGGUUUAAUCAAAGAAUCGCUAUUCUUACGGUUUGGGGUGGACGAAAUGGGGAAAACGCGAAAUUUUGCCCAUCCCGCCCUUCGUGAGGUUGCCAUCGCAUUCUUUUACACAGGGCCAUAUCGAAUCACGCAAAGGAUGCCAGAGAUCUUCCGUAUGGAAUUGCCACUCUCGUGUUUGGCUUUGGUUGCCGCAGUGUUCAAUUGCGUCCUCGACGGUCUUGCGAAAAACGGACAUGGAAAAUCAUACCCGAAUUUUUCAAGCAAGGACUACAGCCCUAUUUACAAUCGGAUGCUCGUAUUUCUCAAAGAUAUCCUUGGAGACGCGUAUCAUGGUCCGAGGCUGGCCGCGGCAUUGAAUCUCGAAGGAGUUGUUGAGGCGAAGCACGACCACCUGCAAAUUCUUCUCGACUAG